GUCUGUGUGACCAAGAGGAGAAAUGGCGCAGCAAAGAAAUCAGCCGGAUUCAGAGAAAUUCUCUUGUUCCAUCUGUCUGGAUCUACUGAAGGAUCCGGUCACUACUUCCUGUGGACACAGCUACUGCAUGGACUGUAUUAAAACACACUGGGAUGGAGAGGAUCGUAAGAGAAUCUACAGCUGCCCUCAGUGCAGGAAGACUUUCACACCGAGGCCUGACCUGCAGAAAAGCAUCAUAUUAGCAGAGUUAGUGGAGGAGCUGAAGAAGACUGGACUCCAAGCUGCUGCUGCUGAUCACUGCUAUGCUGGACCUGAAGAUGUGGCCUGUGAUGUCUGCACUGGGAGGAAGAUGAAGGCUGUCAAGUCCUGUCUGGUCUGUUUGGCUUCUUAUUGUGAAAAUCACCUCCAACCUCACUAUGAUUCACCUCCAUUAAAGAAACACAAGCUGGUGGAACCCUCCAAGAACCUCCAGGAGAACAUCUGCUCCAUCACUGAAGUGGAUGUUUUACAGUCAGAACCAGAACCAAAGACCAGAGAUGGAUUCUUAAAAUAUUCAAGAGAAAUCACUCUGGAUCCAAACACAGCACACAAAGAUCUGUUACUAUCUGAGGGGAACAGAAAACUAACUUUCAAGGAACAAAAACAACGUUAUCCUGAUCAUCCAGACAGAUUCAAUAGAUGCUGGCAGGUUCUGAGUAAAGAGAGUCUGACUGGACGUUGUUACUGGGAGGUUGAAUGGAGCGGAUUAGGAGUUGAUGUAGCAGUUGCAUACAAGAAUAUCUGCAGAAAAGGAAAGUCAAAUGAAUGUAUGUUUGGACUAAAUGACAAAUCUUGGUCUUUACGUUGUCACACCAACAGUUACAAAUUUUUCUACAACAACACUAAAACUCCGGUCUCUGGUCCUCGGUCCUCCAGAAUCGGAGUCUAUCUGGAUCACAGAGCAGGGUUGAACUCCUCAUAGGGGUACCUCUACCAAAAGCUCAAAUGCUAAGUUUUAUAGGAGGUCAAACAUGCUGCUAAAGUUCAAACUGACGAGUCCAGCCUCCUCCCCUUUCAUAGAUCUACCAGCUUAGGGAUUGGUGGAAUCAGAAUGCUGACAGAUCAAGAGCUGACAAACUGAACUGCUGCAAAUCAGCGUGCAAAGGUUGAAGACAAUAAAGUUGGGUUUGGCCU